AGUUCACUCCUCCUGAGCUUUGGGAUAGACAGCAGCAGAGACUUCAAGACUGCUUGAUUCUUCGAUUAUAUCUCGUGGUAGUAGCCAUGACGACGCUAGACGACAAGCUCCUGGGGGAGAAGCUGCAGUACUACUGCAGCAGCAGCGAGGACGAGGACAGCGAUCACGAGGAUGAGGAGGCCGGCCCCAAGACCAUCCGCGACCAGGCCGCGCUGCCGCCCCCCGAGAUGGACUACAGCCCAGACGGCAGUGCCGUCAACACAGGGCCAAAGGGUGUGAUUAACGACUGGCGUAAGUACAAGCAGCUGGAGACGGAGCAGCGCAAGGAGCAGAAGAGGGAGAUGGAGAAGCUGAUCAAGAAGCUGAGCAUCACCUGCCGCUCGCACCUGGACGAGGAGAAGGACAAGGAGAAGGAGAAGCAGCUGCAGGACAAACUCCGCGGCAAGCUGUCAGGCAAGCCGGUAGAGGAAGAGGAGGAGGAGGACGCGGACGACGAGGAGUUCCUGGAGCAGUACCGGCAGCAGCGCAUGGCGCAGAUGCGUCUGGCGCUGUCGGCCGGCCGCCACUUCGCCCAGGUGGUGGACAUCGGCAGCGGCGAGGACUUCCUGCGCGCGGUGGACGAGGAGGGCCGCGGCACGCUGGUCAUCAUCCACAUCUACGAGCCCGAGGUGCUGGCCUGCCAGGCCAUGGAGGGCUGCAUGGUGUGCCUGGCCGGCCAGUACCCGCAGGUCAAGUGGUGCCGCGUGGCCGGCUCCGACAUUGGCACCAGUGAGCAGUUCCGCGCCUCGGCGCUGCCCGCGCUGCUCAUGUACCGCGGCGGCGAGCUGGUGGGCAACCUGGUGCGCGUCAGCGACCAGCUGGGCCACGACUUCUACGCCACCGACGUGGAGGCCAUGCUGCAGGAGUACGGCCUGUUGCCCGACAAGUACGCCCAUACCACGGCGGCAGGAGGGGCCAACGCCAACGGGAGCAUCCGCAACAGCAACAUCACGCAGCCCAGUGACUCCGACAGCGACUUGGACUUGGACUAGACCCAUUACACACAUACACGCCAAUGCAUUCUACUCACCUGAACAUACCGUAACCUGGGGUGUUUCUCGACAGCGUCGUUGCCCACCAAGUUAGCAACUUACUUGGUUGCAAUGCAUUUGCCCUUUGGCAACAUGCUUAGUUGGUAACUGGUUAGCAUCGACACUGUCAAGAAACGCGGCCCCUGGAGACGCUUUCAAGAGUUCAUAACAUCACGCAGCCCAGCGACUUGGACUUGGACGAGACCGGUCGGUCUCAAAGCGUAUGCGUAUGGGUAUUGUACAUACACGCGCCUAAACAUUCUGAACCAUUGCAUACCAUAACCCGGACACACACGUUCUUAAGAGUUCACGCUGUAUAUGCACAGCAGUCACAAGCAGAGAUGAUGAUGAUGAUGAUGAUGGUGGUGGUUGUGUUGUGUGGUCAGUCUUGCUUGGCUGAGGUGGAUGUGUUUUCUGCUGGCAAGACCGACCAAGGAAGGGGGACCAUUAGUUAACAAUUUAAGUUUUGUUUUGUUUCUAGUUCUCUUGCGGAAGUGUAAUGUUUCAGUCAUAUUGUGUUUCCAUCAGCUCUGUUUUGCUCAGGAUUGCAUUUUUUGGAUGUAUCGAAGUAUCCAGACUGUAACUUUUUUUCUACAUAUUCUUAUUGUUAUUAUAAUUAUUGUGAUAUUGUAAGUUUCAUUCCUGUUAUUUAGAAUAAUGGUUGGAUCUUCUAAGUGAGCAGGUAAUUAGGACCGGUCCUCAUCAUUGAAAGAUGUUUAUUUAAUCUGAUGCAGCCAGGGCCAUAUAGACAACUGUAGUGAAGUUAGCUAUCGCCUCUCAGUUCAUUUCAUGUAACAUAGAACUGUUCUUAUGCAAUUCCUGUAUUCGUAUCAUGCUUGCUCACUAAUCUCAAGACCUUGCCCUUUCUUCAUGUACACACCAAUAACAUUGCAUAUUAUGCUAAUCAUUUUUAUUGUUAAUGCUUAGUUUCUGGAUCCUAACGAUUCAGUUUGUGUAUGCGAGAGGGACCCAAUGUGUGUGUGUGCUUGUAUGUGUGCGUGUGAGUUAAUUUAUCAUCCUUGUCAUCGGAUUGUGAAUUUGUGAACUUGUGAGAACACAUUAAGUAUCACGGUUUUAUUAAGCACGCCCAAGUCGUUGAGUUGUCCCAUUUCAUUGACAUGAGCACAAACACUUCCUUGUGGAUCUGAGCCCAGCAGUGUGGUGCAUCCUGGCACUGGUCCAAUUUCACCCUGCAACACUGACUCUGUAUGACGUGUGUGCGUGUGAAUGUGUGUGUGCGUGUGUACGUGUGUCAAAGAAAUGUUUCCUAUGACUACAUGGUGUGAAAAAUGCAAAUGUGCCCCUUAUGUAAAUUGUGUGAAACUAUUUAUUCGGGAAAGCAUGUGCUUGCUCUCUCUGACAUGUUUAGCUUAGAGCAAACCAGAUGUUGGUGUGGACUUCUGUAGGCUGCCUGUUAUAAUAUGACAUGAUGGAUAUUUCAGUUUUUGUAUAUUCCUUACUCCUGUGUGUUUGUGCAAAUAAAAAUGACAAAUGACUUCAAACAC